AGGGGAGAGGAGGAGAGGAGGAAGGAGAGGCACAGCCAGAGCAUCCUUUGCAAUGGGUGAGGAGAGCACGGUGUGAGGCGAUUGGCUGAGUCGCAGCGUAGCGUCACUGCCCGUGAGAGGGAGCUCUGAGGAUGCUCCACUGAACUGGGAGGGAAUACAUUCGCUAGGAGUUUGCAUUGAGAGCUCAGCCAUUACCAGCUGUAAGGACAGGGACUCUGCAGCAGAACCGUUCUCCACACCCAGUGCUCUCUUACUUUCUCCUCUCUCAGCUGCAGCCAUGAAUUAUCUGCGUCGUCGUCUCUCGGACAGCACGUUCAUCUCCAACCUGCCCAAUGGCUACAUGACAGAUCUCCAGAGGCCUGACCCUGCUCAGCCUUCUCCACCUGCUACCAGCACCCCUGCCAAGUCUCCCACAGCUGGGCCCACACCUCCAGCCACUUCUCCUGCUCCGGAGAGGAAACCCCAAUCAUCUCAGUCCACCAGCGCUGGCUUCUUUAGUUCCAUCACCAACGUGGUAAAGCAGACAGCCGCCUCAGCAGGGCUAGUGGAGCAGACUCAAGUCACGACACCCAAGAAGUUUAAGAUCCUCCUGGUCAUCGACGAACCACAACAGGAGUGGGCGAAAUUAUUCCGAGGAAAGAAAAUAUACGGGGAUUAUGACAUCAAAGUGGAGCAGGCUGAAUUCAAUGAGAUCAAUGUCGUGGCUCACGCCAACGGGACCUGCAACGUUAACAUGCAGGUUCUGAGGAACGGCACCAAGGUCGUCAGGUCAUUCAAGCCAGACUUCGUCGUCAUCCGUCAACACGCCUUCAGUAUGACCCAGAACGAAGACUUUCGCAACAUGAUCAUUGGUCUGCAAUACGGAGCAGUCGCAUGCAUCAACUCCCUUGAGUCAAUCUACAACAUGUGUGACAAGCCCUGGGUGUUUGCUCAACUUAUAAACACCUACAGGAAACUGGGCGCUGAGAAGUUCCCUCUGAUUGAGCAGACGUUUUACCCAAACUACAAGGAGAUGGUGAGCAUGCCGUCAUUCCCUGUUGUUGUGAAGAUUGGACACGCCCACUCUGGUAUUGGAAAGGUGAAGGCAGACAAUCACAGUAAGUUCCAGGACAUAGCCAGUGUCGUGGCUCUCACCCAGACGUACACCACCACAGAACCUCUCAUCGACUCCAAGUACGACAUCCGAAUCCAGAAGAUUGGCAACGACUACAAAGCCUACAUGAGAACAUCCAUUUCUGGCAACUGGAAGACCAACACGGGCUCGGCUAUGCUUGAACAGGUGGCCAUGACUGACAGGUACAAGCUGUGGGUCAACACCUGCUCAGAGAUCUUUGGGGGCCUGGAUAUCUGUGCGGUCAAAGCCAUCCACGGCAAAGACGGCAAAGAUUAUAUCACAGAGGUGACGGGCUCCUCCAUGCCCCUGGUGGGGGAGCACCAGGCUGAGGACAGGCAGCUCAUUGCUGACAUGGUGCUGGCGAGAAUGGAGCAGCUUGCAGAAAAGGAAGCUAAUGCUCCAGAGAGACCCACCACCAUGCAGCCAUCCCAGGGAGCCGGCCAGAAGGGAGAGAUUGCCGGUGAACCCACUAAGAAUGGUGCCGCCCACCCACCUCAAAGUUGUCUGCAGUACAUUCUCGACUGUAAUGGCGUCGCAGUGGGUCCAAAACCAGUCCAGGCCAACUGAGUCACCCGGGAGAACGUGUCGGAGUCUAGACAACGAUGGCGGACCUUAGCCUGAACGCCAGCGCAGACGUGUGUGUGUGUGUGGAUGCUGAUAGCUAGAAUCAGAUCUUGGUGACAUGAGCUCGGUGCGGCCGAGCGCUGGCCUGGACUGUGUUUAACUCUAUGCAGUGUCAAAAUGUACUGUCUACUCGUUGACCUGUUGAUUUGUGUGCUUGUGUAGGUCACCCUUGUUUCAGUAGCUGUGGUUUUUCCCUCUUUCUUCGGGGCUGUUGUUGAUGAUGUAAAAAAGCAGAUUGUGCCUACACUGAGUCCAGUGCUGCUCUGUGCUACCCGUCCGACCCAGCUAUCGAUCUUUUCUUUGCCCCCCCCCCUGCCCUCUUUCUGUUUUCUAUUUUGGUGUGUACCUUUAGAUAUUGUUCAAACUGUGGACUAUCGUGCAGUUUGAAGUUCGUGUAUAUCUCAAUAUGUGUACAGUACGUGGGUGUGUAUGGCUGUAGUGGUGAUUAUUUUCAUAUUUCUACUAAUAGAUAUUUAUUUUUGUUUUGCAUGACUGAUACAGAAGCAGGUGCAAGUCGGUUAUAAAUGUCUGAUCAAGUGCGGUGUUCGUGUAACAUCGCAGUUUUACCCUGUGAGAUACACAUAGUCAUUCAAUACCAAACAUGCAGUAUGUUGCCUUUCCUGAUGCUAAUUGUUUUCAUCCAUUACGUCACAUUAUCACAAGAAAAAUAGAUUAUUUAGCGUGAUUUAGAAGAUUCUACGAGAUGGAAACAUAGUAAAUAUUAAGAUUAGAUUUAUCAGAGAUAUAUAUGAUGUAGGAUUGUUGUGCAGGAGUCUGCACACGCAACUUAAAUAGAUUUGUAUCAUUUUGAACCAAAGAAGAAAUUAUUUACUUUCACCAACGCUCUUUGCAGUCCAGUCACCCAUCAUGUAAAUAUCAGCCAGGGGACUGUUAAUUCUGCAUUGUGCCACAGGGGGUGUGUGAUGGAACAGCGCUCCGAGACCACACAAAUAGGCCUGUCGUAAAAAAUCACAUGCCGGUGAACUGAUGCUGUAUUCAGAUUGUUGUCGUGUUACGCGUUUGCUUUGUGUGGAAGCAGACAAAACGAUUGAUAAGGAUAAAGUAUAUAAUGUAUGAUCUGCCAUGAACCCCCCACCCACCCACCCACCUCCCUCUUCCCUCGCACUUGAUUCCGGCUACGGUGGCUGCUGCCAUGACAACGAUGCAAGUGCUCCGAGGUUUGGAGUGGACCUGUGCUCGUGUUACUGCCACCAAAAGAUUUUGAGCAUGUUAUCACUUUCUUCCAGUGAGUUCAUGGAAAGUGCAAUACAUCUUUAUUUUUUUUUUCUACUAAAUAAUGUUUUUGUUUUUUCGAAAUCAGAUCUUCCAUCGAAUUGAUUCAAGAAGCUAUAUUCACCCACUCAUCGAAUUUGUUUUGUCACAAUCACUUAGUUGUUGUCCAGUGGCUAAAUAUCGAAUUCUCUAAACAGCUAAAGAGCUACGGAAUAGAAUAUGUAAAACAAAACUAAUCUGGACCAUUUUCCAACAAUGUCUUUCUUACUGUAGUAUAAAAUAUGUUGAGCGAGCUCUGUGUGCAAUUGUUUUCCGAGUUGUAUAAGUGCCAUUGUAUCUGUGAACGUAUCCUUGUAAAAGCCAUGCCUGAGGCUUGAUGGAUGUGUUGUGUCUCUUUACUAGGAAAUAUGCCAUGACAUUGAUCACCAAGGCAGCGACGUGCAGGGGCACCCCACUCUCAAUAUCUGCAUGGUUAUACCUUGGUUUCGGUGAUUGUGAUUGAAUAUUUGAUAAAUGAUAAUUGGACGUGUUUAUUUGGCCAUUGUGUGGAGGUGAAACUUAUAUUCUCAGACCUGCAGGACUGUACUUAUCAAGGGCAAUGGUAAAUAUAUGUGCAUAUAAAACCGGUGUUGGACUGUUUCAAUCGAGAUCAGGAGACAAUAUAUCGUGGAAAACAUUCCGGUCUGGAUAUUUCCCCUCUGUCACUGGCAAUAAAGCUUCAUUUGCAAUAUA